AUGUGUCUGAUAUUCACCUGUGGCGAACAUACCUUCAGGAAGGAGGUAGAAGGGUACGAAGGCGUCAUAUGCCAAUGUCACAACUGUGGUAACUGGGCCGGACAUAUCAUCAAAAGCAAUCCUUGGUUUACCUUCUGCUUCGUACCCGUCAUCCCGCUCUCCAUACACGGCUACCAGGACGUAGUCUGCCACAUCUGCAACUUCGCGCAGCCUUUGGAACACCGACCCGACGCUCAGGCGAUGCAUCGCGGGGGAGUAGGGAAUAACGUUCCCAUGCAGAAUCAACCGCCCGUUCCGCAGGGGCCUCCGCAACAAGGUCCACCCCCGGGAUGGGGUCAAGGUCCGCCCCAAGGCCAGGCUCCUAUGAGGUACGGAUAG